UUAUGUAUAUUUCCAAAAUUAUUUGUUAACCAUUAUAAUAUAAAAACAAAAAAAAAUUAAAUAAAGCCAAAUUUACCGUAAAUAUGGAAAUCGGAAUUCCACUUUCCAAUGAUCUUGAGGUUCGAAUCUCCGAGGCAUUCUGCAUUUUCGACAUUCACGGCGAUAAGUACAUUGACACGCGAAAUGUAGGAAAUGUGCUAAGGUUUUUGGGUUGUGUACCAACAGAAAAGGAAGUCAAUCAAGUUAUUGCAGCCACUGAGUCUGUGGAGAACCCUGGAGAAACGCAUUUACAAAAGUUUAUGGCACACGUUUCUCCUUUGCUUAUGGAUCGAAAAAUGGAACCAGCCAGCCCGGUACAAAUUUUGGCUGCAUUCCAGGUUUUGGAUCCAGAAAACAAACAAUUUCUUACAAAAGAGUACUUUGGAAAGUUAAUGAAGGAGGAAGGAGAACCAUUUAACGAUGAUGAAUUAAAGGCUAUGUGGCCAGUGGCAAUAGACCCGAUUACGGGAAAUGUACCCUAUGUGUUCUACAUAAAUCAACUAAAGCACAAAACCACUAUUUAUGAUGUCGCUGAUGUACUCAAGGAGGAGCUCGCUGCUAACGAUAAGGAAAAGAAAAAGGAACGCAAUCCGGUGCCAUAAGCGCAUGGCCUCUAAUCUAUUAAGGUAUAAUGUAAAUGAUAUAAAAAUUGGAUGUGCGUGAAAUUAUAUUAGGAGUAUAUA